UUUGUCAAAAAUAAGCUAAGUUAGCAACAGUAGUUUGGCCAUUACUCCACAAACCUUGGUAUAAAUCAUAAACGACUAUUGUGCUGUAUCUUUCUAUUAACUAUAUGGAAGUCGAUAGGGAUAACCGUUAUUUGCUUAAUGGUUUUAAUAGCUAAACGUAAAUAACGUUAUAUAGCUUAACUGUUAACCAGUGGUUACGGCUAAUGCAGCUAACUGUUUGUAAACGGUACUACACAGCUAGCUUGGCUAACGGCGCCGUUAGCAAGGAAUCAAACAUAAUUUAUUGUAAAUCUAAAUAAUCGAAACAGCAAAAGUGUGGUUUUAAAAGUCCGUCAGUUCCCACGGGGUGUUUAUAGAAAGGCGGACACAAUGCAACACGUCAAGAUCAAGACGGAAAGGCCAGACUUAGACGGGGCUGGUGCACGCAGCAAAUUAGAAGCGGUCUUAAAGGGACUGGUAGAGAAGAGUGAAAAUGAAAGCAGAGAACAAAAUGAAGGUGACCCAGGAAAAUUGUCAGCAGACUCUUUGAACAAGGAUUUAUCGCCAACAUCGGCUGGAAAAAGACCGUCGGCUCGAUUUCCACAGCACCGGAGAAAGAAGCGAAAAGAGAUGGAUGAGAGCAUUCCAGAAAGCAAUCAGCAUAAGCAAAAUGCUUACGUUAUUAAGUUGUUUGACCGCAGUGUAGAUCUGGCUCAGUUCAACACCGCCACCCCACUGUAUCCUAUCUGCCGUGCAUGGAUGAGGAAUAAUCCUUCUGUUCGAGAACCAGCUGCUUCCCCCAGCUCCCCACAGGGCAUGGUAGAGGAAGAGGUUACAGACACAAUCAACGGUAAAGGUCAGAAUGUGUACCGACUUCCUCCUCCGACCGCCUGUCCAGUCAACUCCUCUGGUGAACCCACCAAUCUCAGGAUCCCGCCUACUGAAAAACCAACUGUUACCAAGGUUCUUUUGACAGAUGUUGCUGUGUCAGGUUCUCUCAUAUGUGACCACAUGGAACGUUGGAAAAAGAUAAGGCAAAAAUGGAAGGAGUGCUCCAACAAGAAUCAAUUAAGAUACAGUGAGAGCAUAAAGGUCCUUAAGGAAAUGAAGGAGCUCUAUGAUCACUGACUGGCUACUCUGUAGCUCUCCAGUACAGAGAGGACUUUGUUGGAAAGAAGCAGUCAGUGCUUGAAUACACCUGUUUCUACACAGCCUGACUCAUAGAAAAGCGUGUACAUUUUUUUUUUAUUAAUUUGUAAAAAUCUAGUGUAUACAUCUAACUGUUUCAUCAGUAGUACUUUCCAGACACAAUGACUUGUAAAAUCUCAAGAUUAAUGAAAUGUGUAUUAAAGUGCUUUAAUAUAAA